UUCUCUAUUUCCCUCUCUUUCUCUCUUGCUCUAUGUUAUAACAAUAACAUGGUAUAUAUGCUCUAUUUUCAUCAUCAAUGGAUAAUUUCUCAUUUUGUUGAGAGUUUUUAAUCUAAAAUUAGGGCUUUCUGAAUGUUAGAAAUUUAGAUUGAGAGUUUUUAAUCCAAAAUUAGGGCUUUCUGAAUGUUAGAAAUUCUUCUUCUUUAGAUUCCAAAGCUAAAAAGAUUAAAAAUUUUGGUUAGCAACUCUAAGAAAAACAUCAAAACCAAACCAUAUUAAAAAAUAUUUUACCCUACUUACAACUUCUUUGGUGGUCUUCGUUAUCCUUUCCAACACUGAUGAGUUUAAGUUUCUUCUGCAAAUGCAGAAGGAAUCCUUGCCAAAAAAAUAAAAUUGUGAGCUGGUAUUUACAAAUUUUGUGGAAGAAUUGCGUAUAACUUAUUCCUGCAAACCAUAGUUAGUAAUAAAAGAAAAUGGGAUAUUUUUUUUCUGCUAUAAAGUUAUAUAGGUAGUAAGUUGGCUGACUUGAGACAACCCAUUAUGUUGCAGUUGUACUGCAUUUUUAAGAUAAAUGUUUUUGGGUUUGUUCUGUAAUUACAGUCCUGUAAAUCAGGAACUUAAUAGCCCAUUAAUGCUCCAUAAGAUUGGUUAGUGGUUUUUUGCUAAACAAGAUUGGUUAGUGGUUACUCUGGCAAAGGUUGCUAAUUAGAAAUUUGGAAUCUCAGUACUAUAGAUGUUAUUGGAGUUACUAUAUAUGUUAGCUUAGUAAUGAGUCUAUUGUGAAUUUGUAUGUUGGGAAUAUGUAUUUAAUUACACUGUUUAAUGUCCCUGUUUUGCUCAAUUUGAGUUGUGGUCACUAGAAUGCUCACAAUCUUCAGAAAUACAAUGGACCUGUUAAAAGAGUCCUUUCUUGAAUUGGUAACUGUAAUUCAUGUUGCUUCUAAUCGGCAUGUUGAAAGCUACAUUGACGGAGUUGUUAGUAAAUGGCCUGUGCCGGCCAUAUUGGUUCCAGGGGGAUCCCAUCACCUGAAAUAUGAUGCAUUAAGUGCGAGUAAGGUUUCACUAUGUACAUCCGAUACAGUUGCUGUGGAGAUGCAGCUUGCACAUGUACCAUGUGUUGUAGCUUAUCGAGCCCAUUUCCUAACUGAGUGGUUUAUUCGAUAUAAAGCAAAGAUAUGCUAUGUUUCCCUUCCCAACAUUCUUAUGGAUUCAGCUAUCAUCCCUGAAGCUCUCUUCCAAUAACACUGUUUAACUGAGUGGUUUUUCUUUCUUAGAGAUAACUUUCAUAUCAUCAUAUCCUUUUUCAUGAUAAGAUAAUAAAAUUAUGUAUAUUCACGCAAUAGAUCUCUACUAUUUUUCCCCCACUUGAUGACCCUGCAUGUUAUCUCUUUCAAAGUAUAUAUUAAUAUAUUUA